CCUAAUCCAAGUACUCGUGUAACAAAACCGACAGUUUUUUGCAGUCUGUAUAUAUUGAUUUAAACUGAAGGCUCCAAAAUUGGACUACUGAGACAAUUGCAAAACCCCCUCCUGAGUACAAUAAGUAGAUUUUGUCAAACCCAGUAUUCCUCCCUAAGUGGGGUUGUUCACAACAUGGCAAAAUAUAAUGUGAUAUUUGUACUGGGAGGACCAGGAGCAGGGAAAGGUACACAGUGUGAAUAUAUUGUCAGGGACUUUGGUUAUGUGCAUUUAUCAGCAGGUGACCUUUUGAGGGAGGAGAGACAGCGUCCGGGGUCCCAGUUUGGGGAGGAGAUAGAUGGCCACAUAAAGAAUGGAACCAUAGUCCCUGUCCAGAUCACUUGCUCUCUACUAAAAAGAGCCAUGGAAAACAGUGGCAAGAAUAGAUUUUUAAUUGAUGGAUUUCCGAGGAAUCGUGACAAUUUAGAUGGCUGGAAUAAAGAAAUGAGUGAUGUUGCCAAAGUUAUACGAGUGCUGUUUUUUAACUGUUCAGAACAGGUAUGUGUGGAGAGGUGUUUGUCUCGAGGGAAGACCAGCGGAAGAACAGACGAUAAUGAAGAGAGUCUUAAGAAGAGGAUAAAAACGUAUAAUGAAUCCACAAUGGAUAUCAUAGAACAUUAUAGAAAGUUGAACCUAGUUAGUGAAAUACAUGCUGAAAAAAGCCCAGAAGAGGUGUUUGAGGAAGUUAAGAAAGUUCUGAAUGACUUAAAGUGAUCUCAACACUGGGAUAGUACUGUGAUUGCACACAACUUUGCUCUUGGUUUUAUGCCAUGCUCGCCUCAGGAAUUUUAUGACACAACUUCAAAUCUUUUCAUGCUUGUAUUAAUGAUUUUAUCGUUUUAUAAGAAUUAAUCUAAAUUAUUUAUCUGCCAUUUCUUAGGAUCAUAACAUUGGUUUAUUGACAGAAUACUUUUUUGAAACAAUUUUACAACUGUCAUGUUUAAAUUUUUCAUUUUGUAAUACUUUUUGGGUAUUAGUAGGGUAGGUGUGAUUUACUGCUUUAGUGCAAAAGUUGCAUGUUUAUAAAACUACUUUUAUGAUAUCUUUUGUUUUUUAAUGUAUUUUUUUCUUUGUUAUUAAAUUUGUUAUAAAAAUUAAAAUACAUGUACUAGGGUUUUUUUCAUAAAAAUAUGUGUACAUGUAUAUAACAGCAAGAAUCCGCUACGUGUAUAGUAAAACUCAAGGUGUUGUGCACUUUGGCAAAAUAUUGUAGUCCCCAAAUAUUUUCUUAAUUUGUCUAGAACAUUCUCUAAUCCGGAUAUUGUCUAACCUGGUGAAUUGUUUACCUGACGGCUGGUUUUAGGCAAGUUUUACUGUAGGUGAAAUAUAAAAUGAGGCUUUCAUCUAUGUGCAAUUCAUACCUACCAAAUAAGGAAAAUGCUUUACAUCAAUAUUUUUGUAUUACAGUUGUAGAAUUUGUUGUAGAUUUAUAAGCAGUGGGCAGAUAUUGUAAGUUCCCAAUGUUUAAUUAUUUUUCUUUUUAUAGAAUAUACAAUUAUGAAAUCACUCUGUUUUCAUUUUCUAAGGUUUAUAUUCUGUCAAAUGCAUCAUGAGGAAAACUUGAUUGAAUGUUUAAUAGAAUGUGGGUUUUUUUGUUUCUAAAGAAGUAGAUUACUUGCAGUAAAAACAAUAAUCAUUUCCAAUAGAAAAAUUCUUUAAUUUGUCAUUUCAUAAAGAAAACCAAACAAAAUAUAAUUUUCCUUAAAAAUAAAAUUGACUCACAUUUUUAAGAUGUAUUAACAUAAUUAGGCAUUCCGAAGAGAGUGAACAUAUUUUACUUGUGCAGUAUUUGAUUACAUUUAUUUCUGUGUACCAGAUAUAUAACCAAAGUGAGCCUCAUUAUUUUUUUUUUAUUAAUCAUUGAAUUGCUGUGUAAUGUCAAAGCACCACAAAGCUUUACUGCACAGCAGAGGUUUUUUUUUUAUAUUUUAUGCUGGAAUUGAUUUUUGAGGGAAUAAAUAAUGUGAUUUUGAGCAAA